AAGAAAAAGAAAAAACUAAUAAAGGAAACGUAAACAGGUUUUGCAUGUGUGAUUAUUCUUUGUAUUUUCAACAAAGUUUUCGUUAUUAUCACAUAGUUUGCGUGCUAGCGACACCAUGCCGGUUAUUUGUGCCGCAACCGGUUGCAACAACAAGUUUAUUAAAGGUUCUGAGAUUCGCUUUUAUAGAUUUCCUCUCAGCAAGCCUCAACUUGCCGGCAAAUGGGUGCACAGCCUGGGGAUGAAAAAUUUCAUUCCAACCACAAACACCUGCCUCUGCUCAGAGCAUUUCAGGCCCGACUGCUUCAGGGACUACAAUGGCAAACAGUUUCUGAGAGAGGACGCGGUGCCCACCAUAUUCACUCAGGGACAAGAUUCAUCGAAGAUUGAACUCCGGAAAAGAGGUGUGAUGCCCAAAGAGACGAACGUGGUGAAUCAAAUGGCAACGCAAGCAGACAGAGACAGAGCGAGAGAAGCCGCCAGUAAAAGAGGAGGAUCACGAGGUGGGCGAGGAGGCCGUGGAGGAAAACACUUAACUGACAGGCAGAUGCUGGCAACAAAGAGCCGAGUGUACGACACCAAAGGCCGACUCCUCUGCAAUGGCAAGGAUAUGUGCGACUGUCUGGAUGUGGAUUGUAUGGGCUGCUUCUACCCCUGCCCGGAGUGCGGCUCACGCAAGUGCGGGGUUGAGUGUCGCUGCGACAGAAAGUGGCUUUAUGAGCAAGUGGAGGUGGAGGGUGGGGAGAUCAUCCGCAACAAGUUUGCUCUUUAGUUAGCAGUCAAAAGUUUGAGGACUCGAGGACUCGCAGAAUCCAACUUGGUUGAACAAG